AUGGGGAGGGGAAGCAGCAGCAUAGUGAUCUCAAAGGUUAUAAUUUUGGGCACCAUCAUCGCAAAUCUACUGCUCUCUGCUACCACCGUAGCAUCGUUCUCCUUCUGGCCGUACCAUUACGUCCACGUCACCAACGAGCUCACCGGCGGGAAGGUGCUGCUCGUCCACUGCAAGUCCGGCACCCGCGACCUCGGGGUCCAGAACAUCAGCCCUGCCAAGGAUCUGACGUGGCGGUUCAGGCCCGGGUUUCUCGUCGUGGCGACUCUGUACUGGUGCUACAUAGCCCCCGACGACAGCCACCACAUCCAUUUCGAUGCGUGGUCAAACGACGUCGCGGGGAAGUACGAGGGAAGCAGUAGCGGAGUUAUCUCAACGGUAACAAUUCUGAGCACCAUCCUCGCGAAACUACUGCUCUCUGCUACCACCGUAACGGCGUUCUCCUUCUGGCCGUAUCACUACGUACACGUCACCAACCAGCUCACCGGCGGGAAGGUGUUGCUUGUCCACUGCAAGUCCGGCACCCGCGACCUCGGGGUCCUGGCCAUCAACCCUGCCAACGAGUUCAACUGGCGGUUCAGGCCGUGGAAUCUCUACGUGUCGACUUUGUAUUGGUGCUACAUAGCCCCCCGACGACAACCACCACAUCUAUUUCGAUGCAUGGACGGAUGA